CCCAACCACUGCUGCAGACACUUCUUCUUCUUCUUGUUCAAGACCUUCUCGUGGCUGCAGAGAGAUUCAGGACUAACGUGCUGCGCUCUUAAACGUAUAUAUAUAUAUAAAUAUAGUUUUUCUUUUGCAUGUCAUCAUGCGCUCGUUGCUGGCUGGAUGCUGCGGGCUCGCUUUGAUCAGCAUCUCAGUGGCCACGAACCCGGCCGUGCCGAUCACCCAGAUACCCCGGUUCUACGGUGCGAGAACCAGACACAACGCGGGCAUUUGUUGUCGCUCCGCCCGGAAACUCCUGCCGGCCAAGGUGGAGUGGUUCAAGGCCAGCAGGUACACCGAGGACGAUCCAAGCAGGAGCGAGAUAAAGGCCGGACGAAGGUUUAAUUUCUUUAACAAUGAUCCGAAUCAAAAGUGUCUCGUCAUGCACGAUGUGCGCACGGAGGACAGCGGCGUGUACUACUGCAAGUUAAACGACACGUGGGGACCAGGGACUGAACUUCGGGUCGCCAGAACCAUUGACCUUCCCCAGGCUCUGCAUCGGACCAAGAUGAAGGAUGGCCUCAUCAUCCUCCAGGGCCUGCUGCUGGCCGUGUGCAUCGCCGCCGUGCUGCUGCGCAAACGGCAAAUGUUGAAACAGGAGGACAGCAUAUACGAGGAGCCUGAAACUGAUCACAUCUAUGAGGGUUUGGCGAUCGAGACGUGUGGUGGAGGUCUGUAUGAGGAACUCUCCGUGUACGCCCAGGCCGAAGGAGCCGAGGAGGCCGAGGCCCCGUGGGAGUGAGACAGCCUCACAAUAACAAGCUACGUAUACAAGUUAUAAGUUAUAAAUACAUCGUUCAUGGCUUUUAUGGAAGUGGGGUUGUCCAGUUUGAGGGAUUUAUUCACCUCGCUGUCAGACACCCCUAAAUCCAGUUCCCCCCCAAACAAAUCUGAUCUCUCCCUUUAAGAGUAUACUAGUAACAGUUUGUUUAUAAAUGUGCAAAAACAGUUAUUUUAAAACGCUUGCCGUAAAUGCUUUUAUGAUGAUUUUAUGCUUUUCAGUGACACUGGAGUGAUUAAUAAGCUAAAUCAUGGAUUUAUAUUCGACAGAUGACAUUUGUGGUGCUUCAAGAGGCUUUUUUUGUUGUUUUAAAAUAAAUAAAUAAAGGUAUUAAUCAAACAGUUUGAUUUUAACUAAA